UGGCCUCCCCUCUGGGCUGGAGUGGGUCUGUGUCCCGACCGUCCCAGUGUGCAGCUGAUGUUCCAGGCUGAGAUGGAGCAGGGGCCUGAGGAGCUGAGCCAGUGGCAGCCUGUGAACCGGCCUUUCCAGGAUAACGUGAAGCCAUCGCCCAUCGUGGAUAUGUGGCCAUCUUCCAGAAGCAGUGGAGUAUGCACCUCUUGGAACCACAGCCCACCAGGCACUGAGCGCUGCUCUCAGGGAAGAGAGGUUAUGGGGACCCUUCUGGUGUCUCCUGAGACAGCAAGGCGGGAUGCUGCCGAAGUGAGGGCCCGUUUCAGAGUGUCGCAGAAUGAGCACACUGUGAGCUACUGCCUCCGAGGCACGCUCACCCCCUACUGCCAGAGUGUGUCUCCCUCCCAGCCAGGGAUGAUGGGCAGGGGAGCCCAGCUGAUGCCCUUAGAGCCUGGGAUUCAAGGGGGGGAUCUGACGUGCAGUGAGAAUCUGAAGAUGCCCCCCAAUGGGCUAGUGUCAGCUUCAAGUGGAAUUUCAACGAUGUCCUCCACCAGUGCUCCGACAACGCCUUAUUCUUAUUCAACAAUACCUUCUAUGGGAGCCUCUUUACCAUCUAAAAUGUUAUUGGCUUUGACCAUGCCCUCCUUCAAGGCCCAGGGUGUACUCCCAUCUAUAGCUCAGAUGAAGCCACCCACAAAUCCGUACAACCUAGUGAUUCCCCCUGCUGGAUCCCAAUCGUUGCAGACCUUGGGAUCCCAGGACUCUCUUGUGAGUCUGUCAGCCUCCCACAAAGACCUCUUCCUACCUGAGCAGCCUACACCUGCUCCUCAGAGAGCAGGGAACUCGGGGGCCUGGGGAGGGGCAUCCAGAAAGCAACCGCCAAUUCUCAGACCGUACUGCUGCCCAUAUAAGGACUGUGGGAAAGCUUACACCAAGCGGUCCCACCUUGUGAGUCACCAGCGCAAACACACAGGGGAGAAGCCCUACAAGUGCAGUUGGGAAGACUGUAGCUGGUGUUUCUUCCGUUCUGAUGAGCUUCAGCGUCAUAUGCGGAGACACACGAAACACCGGCCACAUAUUUGUGAUCAGUGUGACCGACAGUUCAUGAGAUCUGACCAUCUCAAACAACACCAAAAGACGCAUCAGCGACUGCUGGAUUCCCUAAAACAGCUGGCCGACAGUGGGCAGAUGGGUGGUCCUCCUGCUCCUGGUCUUUAGAUUCCAGUGUGAGACUGUUUAGAUCUUGAGCUCAUCACUAUUACUCGACAUGUGACUUUGGGAAAUCUCUUUCAUCACCAUGCUUUAAUUCAUCCUCUGGAAAAUAAGAAAAGCCAUCCUGGACUAUAGUGGGUAUGUCAUAUGUACCACUUCAGAUCUCCUGGGACUCGCCACCCGGGUGUCCAACGUCUGUCUCUUCCUUCCAGACCUCAGUGGAAUGGCCCACCCCAGGAUGGGAUCCAGCAUUCUGCAUAGCCACAGAAACUUGGAAGUGCCAGGGAAUUAGUAUUCAUGGGGUAAACACUGACAAAGUAGGAAAUGGAAAGUAAGAGUAGCCAGGCAGAGACACUCUGCUUGGCCUCUCUCCCUUCUAAGAAUUGCUAUUCAAGGCAUGAUUUCUCCCCAGCAGUGUAGCCUUUAGGGAGAUUUUCCAAGCAGCUGGUGGACACGGCUGCAUGGUCUCUUCCAUGCCUGACAUGCGGGUGUACCCAGCUUGAAAGAGUAUUAUCUUGCUACCUGCGUUUUUCCUGCCUCAUUUCCAUCUCUCACUCCUAAUGCCUUGGGUGUCCCCCAUCCCCCGCCCCAAUAAAACAUCAAUAUUCAGUUCCUGCUUUAGGCUGUUUUCUAGAUGCUCUGGAGGUGAAAGGAGAGAACCUUAGACUUUGACAAAGAAAGACCAAGACCUGCUGUGACACCUCUCCUACCUAGCCUGAUAUCUGAACCAUGAAAUAGCAGAAUUGUUUACCCUCAGUACCAGGGAUUGAACUCAGGACCUUGCGCCUGCCAGGCAGGUGUGGCACUGCUGAGCUACAUCCCUGGUCCAUGAAGUAUCAGAUAUUAAGGGUCCUAUUCUGCCCUGCUCUAGGAUUUAGAAAGUUAGAGCCUCAUUUCUGGGCUCAGCAGGCCAUUUUACUGAACAGUAAGCUCAUAGUAAGAAAGGAAUUUGGCCAAGCUAUCAAGUGGCGGAGCUAAGGUCCCAACCAGGAUCUGUUUGCCUCAAAGGUGAAUCUCUUCCCUUAGAGGUGGUACCUGUUGUAGAUGCUGGCCUGAGCCUAGUCUGCUGUCAGGCACAGCCAAGUGAUGAUUGCCACAAGAGGCGUUGGGUCUGAUUUCUAUGCUCAAGUGAUGUUCUUGGUCUGGGUCACAGGGAGUCAUCUAAGUACAGUGGCCAUGGGUAAAAGCAACCCCAAAGAAGUGGUCAGAAAGAUUUUCUAGAGGAAAGGCAGAGGUGACUCUUGAGCUCAGUAAGAAUGUAACAUCUAGAAGGCUCUCAAGUAUUGAAACAGAAGAUGCGUGUUAAGUGAAGGAUACUCAGGAGGGAGUCAGCCUGCAAGCUUCCAACCAUGCAGAGCACCGGCAUGGUGCAGACCCCCAGCAAGUAGCAUGGAGACAACUAAAGGAUAAGGAUGUGCCUGGAGGAAGAGACAUUUACUUAUAUUUGCAGUACGGAAAUUGAAUCCAGGAUUACACAUUAAGCAAAUCACCAAUGAGCUA